AACAUUGAAUCAAUGCUUAAAUACAAGAGUACAUUCAUACACAGAGAAUCUAAGGACUGUCCGAAGCUUUACCAUGAGGGCUCUAACUGCUUUAUGUAUAACGAUAUGUAUUCUUUACAAGGCUGAUGGGAUGGGCAUAAAGGACCACAUGCAAGGGUCCACACGGGUGAUCCGGGAAAUUAAUGCCCCAGCACAAAUAAACUGCAAAAUGAGUGCCUGGUCCCAGUGGACACCCUGCGACCCAUGCACCAAUACAACGCAUCGCUCUAGAGGUAUUGAGGUCUUUGGUCAGUUUAAAGGAGUUAGGUGCAUAGAACCUAUUGGAGACCGUAAGCACUGUAUUGCAACUACCCAGUGUCGGAUGGACCCUCCACCUGUCUGCAAAAGCUCUCAAUGGAAGUGCGCUUCAGGGCUGUGUAUAAACAGAAAUCUGAGGUGUAAUGGGGAUUACGACUGCAGUGAGUCUGAUACGUCUGAUGAGGAGGACUGUGACAACAUCAGGGCACCUUGUGGCAAAUCGUCACCAGUUGAGUCUGACAUAGCCACUCAAGCUGGAUACGGAAUAAAUAUUCUGGGAUCUGGUCCUCGAAUGAAUCCAUUUAAUAACAGAUUCUAUAAUGGCCAAUGUAACCGGAUCAGAGACCCAUCCACAUUGGAAUAUAACAGAUUACCCUGGAACGUUGGAGUUCUUAGCUAUGAGACAAAGGUGGAAGAGAGUAGCUCUAAGGAGGUAUAUGAGGACAUCCACUCUUUAAUAAGAGAGAUAACUACAGAAACAACCAUUGGUGUUGAUAUGGGCUUGAACUUCAAGUUUACGCUCACUGAGCCCUCCGGUGCUGGUGAGGGCAAUAAUGCUGCCGGUCCUGGUGAGGGUGGUAAUGCUGCUGAUCCUGGUGAGGGUGGUAAUGCUGCCGGUCCUGGUGAGGGCGACAAUGCUGCUGGCGCUGGCUUCAAGCCUAGCUUAUCAGGAGGGAUCAGUGCUAAUAUAGGAAGAACACAAAUAAUCAAAGAGCUUUCAGAAUACACAGAGACCAAGCGAAAGACCUUCAUGAGAGUAAAAGGCAAAGUGCAGUUAGCCACAUACAGGAUGAGGCAGCGAGGGUUGGAAGUAACACCAACAUUUCUGGAUGAUGUGGAUGCACUGCCACUCAAAUAUGAGAAGGGACAGUAUUUUUCUUUCUUGGAGGACUACGGAACACACUUCACCAAGAAUGGAAGGUCUGGUGGAGAAUAUGAACUUGUUUACAUAAUGAAUGAGGAUGUGGUCAAACAAAAACAGGUCAGUGAAGAAAUGCUGAAGAACUGUGUUGAGAUUGGAAUUAAAGGUGACUUCCAGCUUAUCAAAGACGUUGGGAUAGAAGGAAACGUAAAACCAAAUUACUGCAAGAGUGUAACGACAAAUCCCACAGAUGAGAAGACCCAGAAGGGGCUUGUUGAUAAGGUGCUGAUCGCAGUGAGUGGGGGCAGUCCAGACUCAGCAGUAGCCAUGAAGUCUCAGCUUACUAAAGAGGGCAUACUAGAUUAUACUCAGUAUGUGCAAUGGGCAAAGACCAUCUCUCUUCUGCCUGCUCUCAUUCAUAGUGAUCCCGAACCAAUCUACAACGCCAUCCCUUUGGACUUUCCUGAUGCUCAGCCGAGGCGGGACAAUCUCCGAAGGGCCCUGGAUGACUACGUGGCUGAGUACAGUGUGUGUAAAUGCCAGCCGUGCCAGAACGGUGGCACUGUGAUGCAGAUAGAUGGGGAGUGUAAAUGCAUGUGCUCACCAGGGACUGAGGGUGUCGCGUGCCAGAUCAUUGACAGAGAACUGGCGAAAGAUAAAAACUUUGAACAGCUGGGGAACUGGGGCUGCUGGUCUGACUGGUCCAAAUGCACUGGUGGCCGUCGCACACGGUCACGUAGCUGCAAUAGUCAAGGUGUCCGAAAUGGAAUAUGCAAAGGAGAUACAGUCAAUGAAGACUACUGCUAAGAAACAUAAACUCACACAUACAAACAUGUAUUAUCAUUUGUACAAAAUUAGUCAGGUCACAAUUAUUUCUAUAGCACAUUUAAAAAGAAACAAAUGUUUACCAAAGUGCUGUACAAUUAAAUCAAACAAAAUAAAAAACAAGUGAUGUAA